GGGCCGGAUCCCCGAGACUCGCUUCGUUUGCGUUUCGUGAUCGCAUUCCGUUCUUACUUCCCCAUUUCCUCUCCUCACCUACCCGCCUCCACCGAAACCGCUUCGCCUUCAGAUUCUUUCCAAACGUUUACGUUUGAACCUUCGUUGUCUGCUGGCCGUCUGGACGCAAGAUCUGACUCUUAACAUCUCUCGUUCCGAAACCAUCGGCAGGUAAUUCCUCGUGGACCGUUCUCUGCGAAAACGGUCCAUUUCCUUCACAAGGUCACAUCCGUUGGGUUGAGCCUAUUUUGUCAUCUGCGUCUGGAACUGUAACACAGCUUCGCCUGCGAUAUCCUCUCGUUCUGCUGUCUCCAUUUAACUCGCCGUGCGUCGUCUCGAGUCCCAGGCCGGUAGAUACGGAUCAUGUAUUCAAAUUCACACGCUGGCGCAAUGCCUCCUCCACAGACCAGGACUGUCGCACCGGAAACAUUUCUGCUGGAUCAGGAUGCGCAGCAGAGUCUACCCCCCGAUGCCGUUGUAGCGUUGCAGCAGGUCGAUAAUUUGAAAUACUUCCUUCUAUCUGCUCCCGUCGACUGGAGUCCAGAUCAAUACAUUCGACGGUUCCUACUGCCAACCGGUGAAUAUGUAUCUUGUGUGUUAUGGAACAAUCUCUUCCACAUCUCGGGUACGGAUAUCGUGCGAUGUCUCUCGUUCCGAUUCCAGGCGUUCGGCCGACCUGUCAAGAACUCGAAGAAGUUCGAGGAGGGGAUCUUUUCCGAUCUUCGGAACCUUAAGUCUGGCACGGAUGCGUCCCUCGAAGAACCCAAGAGCGCGUUUCUGGAUUUCUUGUACAAGAACAAUUGCAUCCGUACGCAGAAAAAGCAGAAGGUUUUCUACUGGUACAGCGUCCCACACGACCGACUCUUCCUCGAUGCCUUGGAACGGGACCUGAAGAGGGAGAAGAUGGCCCAAGAGCCAACGACGGUUGCCGUCAGCGAGCCUGCGCUCUCUUUUGAGUUUGACUCGUCUCAAUCGCUCUUUGAGCAGCUCACGAAGGCGCAGCAGACCAAUUCUUCGUCCUUCAAUAACAACAAUAACAACAAUAAUAGCAGCAGCGUCCAGAAUUUCUCGCAAUCCACGUCGCCGGUGAUGCGAGCCAUGGACUCGAUGCCCCCUCCUCCGAUGGUUCACCAAGGGAUGCCGCAUAGCGUUACUGAAGAUCCAACCAUGACAAGCAUGGCAGCCUACCCAGCAAUGAGCCUCCCCUCGGCGAUGGCUGGUGCGGUCGCCAAGUCCCGAGAGCGUGAGUUCGCUCCUGUGCAGUACGAUCGCAACGGGAUUCCACUCUCGCAAGUUCAUCAACGUCAUAGCUCCAUGCCUGCAUAUAUGGAGUACUCGCCCGCCCCUUCCUUCGUCUCAUCCCAUUAUGAAGACUACUCCACCCGCGGCAUCUCGUUUGAGCCGUUGACACCACCGCAGCACUCUGUCAAUCUCGGCGCGGAGCCAGCUUAUAUCGCCAACGAAGAUACCGGCCUUUACACCGCGAUUCCCGAUCUCGGUCCUUCGGCCGCUCCCUUCAACCCGCUCAUGCAGAUUCCUCCUUCCAACCUCGUUGGAAAUCACUUCUCGAACGUUGGCUCGCGACCCUAUGCUCCCUCAACGGUCUACUCCGUCAUCGAAGGCUCUCCCACCUACAAACAGCGCCGUCGACGCUCCUCCCUGAGCGCAUCCGGGAUCGCUGCCGCAGUGUCGGCCGCUACAUCUGGUGCCGGCUCGACCCCUGGCCCAACCUCUCACCAAUCCCACCGCCCUUCCGACCUCCGCCGCAGCAUGUCUAGCUCCGCCAUCCCACUGGUGGAGGUUGACGAGUCAGCGCAUCCCUCGCCCUCACAACCACAACCAAAGCAACAAGCGACACCGGGGGCGCAACAACAACAGCAUCAACCAAGCCAAAGCCAAACGCAACAGCAAAUCCAAGAUCACAUGUCCCGCCACAGCACCCCGCUCUCCCGCAUCGAAGACAAUCCCCACACCCACCCCGCCAACCUCUCCGUCCUCUCCACCGACGACCUCUCCAACGGCCUCGGCAGCUCCACCGACGCCUACGGCGAAGCCUCCGCGCAGCUCACGCACUCCGCCGUCGCUCGCGCCGCCGGCAUGAGCGCGGCCAUGGGCGGCGGACCCGGCGUGUACCGACGCGCUCGCAGCGCCACGAUGAUGGAGCUGGGCCCGUAUCCGCAGAAGAGUCACAGCUGCCCGAUCCCGACGUGCGGUCGGCUGUUCAAGCGAUUGGAGCACCUGAAGCGGCACGUGCGGACGCACACGCAGGAGCGGCCGUACGUGUGUGGGCUGUGCGGGAAAGCGUUCUCGCGGAGCGAUAACUUGGCGCAACACCGUCGCACGCACGACUCGAAUGCGAACGGCGAGAUGCCAUUCAGCGACGAGGACCUUGACGAGACGGACGAUCCCCUUGGACUGGGCGAGUCUCCUGAUUCUGGGAACGAUUUCGUCAGCCCAGGGGUGACGGCGGGCGCCCUGGGCGUGUCGUUGUCCGAGAUCGCACCUGGUUUGACCGAUCUGCAUGCGAUGGGAGGGAUGAACAAUUUGGUGGCUGCUCAGAAUUACUGACUAGCCGCGGGUGCGGACUAAGGGCGAACGGAAGCGUUCCAGGUGUUUGAGGGUUUCAAAAACGGUGGUUAUGGGUGAGGUUCUUAUGAGAUUCAUGUUUCUCUUUUCGCAUCUUUUUUGGGGGGGGUUCUUUGGCUUUUUCUUUGG